AGUCUGUAACAGGACUCUGUUUUGCUUUCAAGUUGGUUGGCUUUUCUUGGUGCGUGGGCAAGGGUGGCAUCAUUUCAGGCUCCCUGCUUAUCUGAACCACAGGGAAAGCACUCUCCCUCCAGCCUCAGCCUUGCUAUUUUUAUUCUGACAGAUGUGGUUGCAUCUGCACAAAAUGUCACCGCAAGCCUGGUUUUGUUGUCUCAGGUUAAGCGUGAGUUUCAAACUGAAAACACUUGUUCUGUGUGGGCGCUUACUCCCUGCCCUUUCCUGGAGAUGAAAAAUGCCUUGGUCUUUUGAACCCAGGAAAGGAAAUGUUCCUUUUCUGGGUUGUUGUUGUUGUUGUUUUGGUGGCCGGGAAUAGACAUUUUUAGGAUUUUAGGAGCAUAUAGCAACGGAUCUAAAGGAUGAAGCCAAGCAAAACAAUGUCAAAGACCUUAUAAAAUCCCAGCAGACAUAACUCUUUGUGUUCUCUCUUAAGGCGGGAUGGAUGAGAGACUAGAGGGGUUCAGGGCUUCCAGGACAGAGUAUACUCUUGCUUUUCACCAGGGGAUGGUUCCUUCUUUGAAAUAAGAGUUAAAGUACAGUACUUACAUUAACUCCAUGGAUAAGUCAACUUAGAUUUUUUGGGGUCAAUUUUUUGACCUACAUUUCUAGACUUAUACAUGAGUAUAUACAGUAUGUGAAAUGUGGCACUGAAGGAGAGUUAGGGUUACCAUAGCCUACCCAAAGGCCAGUCAGUGUGUCCUAGAGCAAAUGAAGCCUGAAUUCUAUAAGCCAAGAUGCCUAUUAAAAAAGUCUCUGUCUCCCGUAUCCCCAUCAAAUAUACCUGGGUCGGACAGAAGGGAUUCCCCAGAAGUUUUCAAGACACAGGCAGGGAGAAUAUGGGAGAAUGGACAUUUUCUGUCUUGGUUAUUUUAGCUGAACUCAUCUGUUUUUAUGGGAAGCAUACAGCCGAAAGUAACUUUUUUCCCUUCUGCAGCUCCAGCUUUCAACAAAGGGACGCCGUCGCAAAGAAUUGUCCCACCUUUCUGCCAAGCCUGCCUCACUUCUCUAUUUUGACCAACGGUUGCAGUUUGUGAAAUAUCCUGGUGGUUAGAGCCCAGGACUUCUCUUUCUGCCCCGCCACAUCCUUGCUUCCAAGACGGAUGAUGCCAUGAUGGGCAGAGCUUUUAUUUAGAGUCGAGCAGUUGGCCGUCCUGGAUUUUGAGGCAGACCUGGCACAAUGCGAACUCUCUGGAUCUUGGCUGUGGCCUGGACGCUUCUUGGGGAUGCCUCUGCUAUAGAAUCACUUGUUGGGCCAUGGGAUACCGACAACUCACCUCUGCACUUGGACAGUAAAGGGCAAUCCAGCAGGAUUCUGGACUUGGGCCCACAUGUAGAUUGCAGAGAUGUGAAGAAGCAGAACAUCUCUCAACGUUGCUCCUUCAUCCAGACCAACCCGGACUGCCAGAUGGAAGGCGGGUUUCUCAACUACCUCAACGGAGUCUUCUGUGUUUUCCCUGCUUCUCUUCAACUUCUGGCCGUAGGCCUCUAUGCUCUGUGGCUUCUUUACCUGUUUGUUAUCCUUGGAGUCACAGCUGAGAAAUUCUUCUGUCCCAAUUUAUCUGCCAUCUCCACCAAACUGAAGUUGGCCCACAAUGUGGCAGGUGUCACCUUUCUGGCAUUUGGGAACGGUGCACCGGAUGUCUUCAGUGCUGUGGUGGCAUUCUCUGACCCACGGACAGCCGGUCUAGCCAUUGGAGCUCUCUUUGGUGCUGGUAUCUUUGUCACCACCAUAGUGGCAGGUGGUAUAGCCUUGGUACGGCCCUUCACAGCAGCUUCCAGGCCAUUCCUCAGGGAUGCCAUCUUCUACAUGGUGGCUGUGUUCUUGACCUUUGUGGCACUCUAUUUCGAGGAGGUCAGCUUGGGAGAAGCCUUGAGUUACCUCGGGCUCUACAUAUUCUAUGUCUUGACAGUGGUGGUCUCAACGUGGCUUCACAAGAGGCAACGCAGGGAAAGGCUGGCCCCUCCUAGCCCCACAGAACCAGAGCUUCCAACAGAUUCUGAAGAUGGGGAUGCCUCAAGCACCACUGGAGGUGACUAUGGCGAAGAAUACCAGCCCCUGCUGCCCUCAGAGGAGAGUACGUUCCAGAUCCUGACACAGUCUUUGAAUCCCCUGGACUAUAGGAAAUGGAGGAGGAAGCCCUGUUACUGGAGGCUGAUGAAGGCCUGCAAGCUGCCAAUUGAGUUGGUGAUGCUCCUUACGGUGCCCAUCGUGGACCCUGACAGGGAAGAUCAAAACUGGAAACGGCCCUUGAACUGCCUACACCUGAUCACUGGCCCUCUCAUCUGUGUUCUCACAUUGAAGUCUGGCAUGUACGGACUUUACAAGAUUCAGGGCUUCUUUCCAGUGUGGGGUGUGGUGAUUCUGGUGGCGGCGGCUGUGGCUGUGAUAAUCUUUUGCACUACAAAAAAUGAAGCGCCACCGCGAUACCACUGGCUUUUUGCCUUCCUGGGGUUCUUGGUCAGUGCGAUGUGGAUCAGCACUGCAGCCACCGAGGUGGUGAACAUCCUGCGAACUUUGGGCGUCAUCUUCCAUCUGAGCAACACCGUCCUGGGACUGACACUGCUGGCAUGGGGGAACAGCAUUGGGGACAUGUUUUCUGACCUCACUGUGGCUCGGCAGGGAUACCCCCGCAUGGCCUUCUCCGCCUGUUUCGGAGGCAUCAUAUUCAAUAUGCUUGUCGGAGUGGGACUCGGAUGCCUUCUGCAGAUGUCAAGCAGCAAAUUGGUUGUCAGGCUCGAAUCAGAAGGUCUCCUGGUGUGGAUCCUGGCUGGAGCGCUGGGCCUCAGCCUGGUGUUCUCUUUCCUCUCAGUCCCUGCUCAGUGCUUCCAUCUGGGGCGAGGGUAUGGCUGCUGUCUCAUCGUCUACUACCUGGUGUUCCUGACUGUUGCGCUGCUGACGGAGUUCAGGGUGAUCCGGCUUUCCACUUACUGACGCAGAGGCCUGUCAGGCUCAGAUUCUUGCUGGUGUUUGUCCCCAGACGGGGAAGGCAUUUCAACCCUGUUCCUGAAAAGCCUCCAAUAGACUUGACGGUCGGAUGUCAUUGUUACCACCGGUGCAGGGAAGACCAGCGCUGACUUCCAAACUUUAAGAAGGGCCCUUGCCAAGGGGGUUGUGCAGUUGCUGCCAAUGUUGAAAGCAGGAUCACCCCAGCUGCUAGAAGGCUUCUUGUGAGUCUGGGAUUCUCUCACCAAAUCAAGCCCAAGCACCUUGGGAACCUCUCACUCCCCAGUCAGUAUUGUGUUUUUGGAGGCAUGAUUUGGACUAAUGAACAGUCUUUUUUUAAAAACAAAUUAAUAUUUUUUACCAGAAGCGGGUUUCCAAUCCUGCCUUAACUAGCUGGAGCUAGAUU